AUAAACACAAAAAGUCCAUCCUAAAAAAAGCAAGUAAGAGAUAACAAUUUCUCUCUUUUUCUUUUCUCUUCUUCAAACUUCAAUUCACUAACGAGAGAAAUGGGAAGAGCUCCGUGUUGCGACAAGACAAAAGUGAAGCGAGGGCCUUGGUCGCCUGAAGAAGACUCUAAACUUAGAGAUUACAUUGAAAAGUAUGGUAAUGGUGGAAAUUGGAUCUCUUUCCCCCUCAAAGCCGGUUUGAGGAGAUGUGGGAAGAGUUGUAGACUGAGGUGGCUAAACUAUUUGAGACCAAACAUAAAGCAUGGUGACUUCUCUGAGGAAGAAGACAGGAUCAUUUUUAGUCUCUUCGCUGCCAUAGGAAGCAGGUGGUCAAUAAUAGCAGCUCAUCUACCGGGACGAACAGACAACGACAUAAAAAACUAUUGGAACACAAAGCUAAGGAAGAAACUCUUGUCUUCUUCCUCUGAUUCAUCAUCAUCAGCCAUGGCUUCUCCUUAUCUAAACCCUAUUUCUCAGGAUGUGAAAAGACCAACCUCACCAACAACAAUCCCAUCUUCUUCUUACAAUCCGUAUGCUGAAAACCCUAAUCAAUACCCAACAAAAUCCCUCAUCUCCAGCAUCAAUGGCUUCGAAGCUGGUGACAAACAGAUAAUUUCCUAUAUUAACCCUAAUUAUCCUCAAGAUCUCUAUCUCUCGGACAGCAACAACAACACCUCGAACGCAAAUGGUUUCUUGCUCAACCACAAUAUGUGUGAUCAGUACAAGAACCACACCAGUUUUUCUUCAGACGUCAAUGGGAUAAGAUCAGAGAUUAUGAUGAAGCAAGAAGAGAUAAUGAUGAUGAUGAUGAUAGACCACCACAUUGACCAGAGGACAAAAGGGUACAAUGGGGAAUUCACACAAGGGUAUUAUAAUUACUACAAUGGGCAUGGGGAUUUGAAGCAAAUGAUUAGUGGAACAGGCACUAAUUCUAACAUAAACAUGGGUGGUUCAGGUUCAUCUUCUAGUUCGAUAAGCAACCUAGCUGAGAACAAAAGCAGUGGUAGCCUCCUACUAGAAUACAAAUGCUUGCCCUAUUUCUACUCCUAGUUCUUCUAGACUCUCUUGUCUUCUUAUAUAAAUAUAUCUUGGACUGACUGUUAGUAAUAUCAAAGAUUUGAUGGGGUAUGGGAGGAGAGAGAAUGAGAUAGAGAGCGACUAUGAUCAGUUUUAUGGGAUUUUGUAUUUUUUUUUUGUUUAUUUAUCUCUCUUUAUUGGAUUUCUAGUUAAGAAGAGACAAUGUUAAUGGGACUAUGGGAGAUUUGAUUUGAUGAAACCCAAAAGGAUGUAAGAGUAGAUCUUCGUUUUGGUCGAGAAGAGUAGAUCAUUUCAGCUUUCAGAUAAAACUAAGAACAAAGUA